CUCUCUUUUAUUCGUGUACAACGAUUUUCAAUAUAUAAACCCAUAUAUUUCACAUAUGCAUAAACUAAAUCUUAUUGUAUACGAAACAGUAUGAUUUCAAGUCGUGUAAGUUGAACCGAUCUCAUAGUCUCACAUUAAUAAAAAGAAAGAAGGAAAAAAAAACACCCCUCCUUUUUAUUUUAUUUCAUGCCUAGGAGAGAUAAAAUCCAAGGAAAGAAAAGGGAGCAGAGCAGGCAUGAGUAAUGAUGAUGAUGAUUCAAGAUAAUUGGCCUCCUCUCCUCACCAACAUUUGUCAUCAUCAUUGGACUUUCCCCUCUCCAGUCCCCACCCCCACGCCCCCCUCCUUCUCCCUUUCUCUCUCCUCCUUCUCCUUCUGCUUCUUUCUAUAUAAUCCCAUUUUCCCCCAUUAUCUCCCAAACAAAUCACCCCCACUCCCCUCUCUCCCAAUUCCCCAAUACAACACAACAAAACGCUCCCUGCAAAAAAAAAUUUUCCUCAGAUCCCAGUUACUACCAGGCAGCAGCGCCACCACAACCAGACACCAUGAUGCUAGACAAGGAAGAUUUGGGGCUCAGCUUGAGCUUGAGCUUCCCUUCUCCUCCUCAUCAUCUUCAUCAAAAUCAAAAUCACCACCACAACCACCAUACUCCUCUUCACCUCAACCUCAUGCCAUCUUCCUCCUCCUCCUCCUCCGCCGCCUUCCUCCUUCCCCACUCCGCCCCUGCCGCCGCCGCUAAUCACCCCAAAUCCUCCUCCUGGAUCAACCACGCUGCUCUCAUCUUGAAUCCAGCUUCCUCCGAUCCGAAUACGGACCCGAACCGGGGCGAGACGACGAGAUCGUUCCUCCGGGGGAUCGACGUGAACCGGCUACCGGCCGCCGCGGCGGCCGAUUGCGAGGAGGAAGUGGGGGUUUCUUCUCCCAACAGUACCGUUUCGAGUAUCAGCGGGAAGAGGAGCGAGAGGGAUCAGCCGGCUACUACCGGAUCCGCCGGAGAGGAUCUCGACGCCGCCGGCUCCCGCGGCGGGAUCAGCGACGAGGAAGACGGCGACACUUCCCGGAAGAAGCUCCGGCUGUCCAAAGACCAGUCCGCCGUUCUCGAAGAGAGCUUCAAGGAGCACAACACUCUCAAUCCCAAGCAAAAGACGGCAUUGGCUAAGCAGUUGGGCCUGCGGCCCAGGCAAGUGGAGGUGUGGUUCCAGAACAGACGGGCCCGGACCAAGCUGAAGCAAACGGAGGUGGACUGCGAGUUCUUGAAGCGAUGCUGCGAGAAUCUAACGGAGGAGAACCGGCGGUUGCAAAAAGAGGUGCAGGAACUGAGAGCACUGAAACUUUCCCCACAGUUCUACAUGCAGAUGACCCCACCAACCACGCUGACCAUGUGCCCGUCGUGUGAGCGUGUCGCGGUCCCUCCCUCGUCCACGUCAUCCGUCCCCACAGCCACGUCAUCUCCACCUGUCGUGGCGGCGGCUUCCACCGCCGGAGCAUCGCCGUUGGCGUUGAUGGGCUCGGCGGCAGCGGCCCAUCACCACCGGUCUAUGGCUGCAAUCAACCCAUGGGCUGCUGGUGGGCCGUUCAACGUGCUCCGUCCCCGGUCGUAGUAUAUUCCGGGGCGAGGUAGGGGUAUUUUGGGAAUUUGCUUCUGAGAGUUUAGGUUUAUGGGUUGGCUUUGUUGGGGGAAUGAGAUGAGAUUUGGUGGGUCUUUGCUGUUUUGUAUUAUUGAUCUACACAAGGAAGGGUCUCGUAUCUCUUUUUGGAAAGGUGGUUGACAUAGUUCUUUUGAUAGUUUUGUUUUUGUUUAAUUUAAUAUGGUUUAGUGGCCUAAUUAAGUGCUAAUGUUACUUGUUAAUCUCUCUCCCUCUCUCUCUACUUGAGGGGAAUGUGUAAAGGGAAAGGGAAAUUUGAGGGAGGAAGGGAUAAAAAGGAAGGGUGGAUGUGGUGUAAAGUGAAAAAGGGGAUUUUUUUCACCAAGGAAAGAAAAGUGAAAGAGAUCUCUAAUUUAAAUUUUAGUAAAUGAAGCUUCAGUUAAAGCAAAAAGCUUAUGGUCUUAAAUCUUAAUCAUAAAGUCCAAUUUUUCACUGCUUCUCCCAUGUGUUGUGGUUAAGCAGUUAAGCUUUUUUUUAACCUUUUUCGGCAUCCACUAUGAAUAUUCCAAGAUGGUACCUAAAUCAAUGGGUUAUGCAUAAAAACCAAUCCAUUAGGUACGAAAAUCAAAACCAAAUAGUUAAGAAAUUUAUCAGUUAUUAGUUAUCCAAAAAUCAACAAGAUCUUUUGACAAUUUUGAUUUGGUUUGUGAAGCCAAAAAAUUUGAGUAAGAUAAGACAACAGGAACGAUGAAUAUAAAAAAUAGACUCGACUACACAAAGUUGGUGACAACUAUUGUUCUGUUCAUGGGUAUUAACUUAGUGUCGUAUCAUUUCUUUUACUGUUUCUUCGUUUAACUAAAAUCCAAACCAUAAAAAAUAUUAAACGAUGUAAACCAAAAUCAUUAAACCUCCUAUCUGUUUCGUUUCAAUAAAAACGAAAAACGAAAAUCAAUAUGAUAGCAAUAUAAUGUUACCAUUCAAUUUGUAUGCCUAUCAACUAGAUGAGCCCCUUGACCAAAUAAACGAGACCACAAAGUCACCAACAGUAAUAUGUCUACAUGACUAGAUUCCAACUACUAUCAUUUUGUCGAUGAUGAAGUUCAAGCCUUGCCGGCUUCAAAGGGAGAAGAUCAAAGUGCUCCAAUGACGAUGGUUUCUACUUUUUUGACGCCCACAAGCUACCUCAUAUAUCAUGUAUUCAUAGUGGGAACUCCAAGAUAUGGAAAGAAGCUUGGAGGUUAGAAACAAAACACACUAAUUCCUUAAUCUCCACAUCCUUAAAAGCUCGUGCGAUCGCUCUAAUUGGAGUUAUGAAAUGCGUACUCAAAUCAAUUCGAUUAAUUAUGUAUAUGGAUAUUUUAUUUUGGCUGGUACAAUAGGUGAUAGAAUUGUGAAUCUAUGAAUUAUAAAGUAUAAACUAGUUGACGAAUUUGAAAAUUUUCUUCGAUGGAUUCAGGCCCGCAAUUCAACAAGAUAAUUAAACACAGUGUCUAACAAGACGCUAAUCUCCGGUCAGCUAUAGUUCCUGCAUCAUCGAUGAACACCUCACAUAAUUUGGGGUUUGAAGCAAUGAAUGAUAUCAUUCUAU